UAAUGUUGCAAUGACCAGCCAAUCCACAAUGUCCACAGAAGUAACUCCUGACUUUCUAUUUAUUGGAAACAUAACAAAUCAUGACAAUAUAAACUUUUCACUUCAGUCUACAGAGCUUAGGGAGGAGGAUUUGGAUAGCAGUGGCAUAGUGUUUCUAGGACCAUUUUCUGACAGUGAGCCACAGAUUUUGGACGAUACUUUGCCAAUAUCCCCUCAAUCCACAUCAUCUGCCAAAGCAGUGAAGGAGACACUGAUAGUUCACAGAGGACAGGUACUUCCUGAGCUCAUAGCACAUUUCUGUGAUGACAGACUUUUAGAUAGAGACUUCAAAAUCCAGCUAGUACUGCCAGAUGGAACUCCUGAGAUGGGAUAUGAUGACGGAGGAGUCGUCAGAGACUGUCUUUCUGAAUUCUGGAAAGAAUUCUAUGACCAAUGUACUACAGGAAACACUUACAGAGUGCCUUUUCUGAGACAUGAUUAUGGACAGAGCCAGUGGGAGAGUGUAGGCCGAAUAAUUGUUUUUGGAUGGACAAGAGAGAAAUAUCUUCCUAUGAAGAUUGCACCUGUCAUACUAGAGCAAGCAGCCUUUGGACAGUCAUGGCAGUCAGACUUCAGCAGUGUUGACCAAGAGGAAUUGAUAGAGAUUCUUGAUAACUACAGUUGCAGACGAAUGCCAACUGCCAGCAACGUAAAUGAAAUCCUCCAGGAGCUUGCACACAAAACACUUGUCCAAGAGCCUGCUUAUGUUAUUGAACAGUGGGCCAAAACACUCAGUAACACUGGGAACAGCUUCCAGGAUCUUUCUUCAGUGUAUGAAAACUUACAACCAAAUGCAAGAAAAGUUUUGAAGUCCAUUGUCUUUCCUCAGGAAAUGAGUGGUCAUCAGAAGGACAUUCAAAAGUAUGUUAGCACAUAUCAGGAACGCAGAUUUGCAGCAUCUGUCCUUGUUUCUAAGGUUCUGCACAGGUUCAGACCUGUUCUUGAAUAA